AUGGGGAGCCAGCCCGAAUCUCCGUUGUUGCCCCAACACCAUAUAAAGAAACCCACAUACGCCGCCGCCGGCGUCGUCUUCCCCAAACCCACCGACGAUCCUCCGCAUCCGCCAUCAACAACAUCCCUGCCACCUUCGCCGCCGAUUGACAACGAUGUUCCUAACGACGUUAAACCGGAACCCGAAUUCGAAUGCUCACCCCGCUGUCUCCGUGUCACCACCGUCCUCGGCGUACUCCUGCUCAUCGGCAUUCCCAUCUAUUACGUGAUAGAAGACCAAUUGGCGCCUUACUCCCCCAAAGCCGACGUCGUUUCGGCCUUCGUGUCAAUAAAAAAAUCCAACACCAGCAAUGGGCCCGCCUCGGGCCGGUUGACAGCCAAUUGGGCCUUCACUCUCCGUCUCGACAACUCGCUCCCUUGCUGUCAGGCCGUGUACCCGUACCGAGUCGAGGCUUCCGUUUAUCACCAGGCCGACGGCGGUGAGGGCCCGGCCCGUGACCGGCGCGUGCUGGCGUCGACUCGUCAGUUUGCGGGGUUGAGCGUUGACCCGAAGGUGGACGAUCUGACGUUUUUUAUUCAGUUGGGAGCGGAAGGAGCGGACGUCGGGGAGAAUGUGACGGCGGCCGUUUAUAGGGAUCUGGCCGAAUUGGAACAGAAUCGGUUGCGGUUCAGAGCUGUGAUUCUGGUUUGGGUGAGGAUCGAACCGUAUAACUUCGGAAACCGGUAUUAUAUGGCUCGGAUUAGUUGCGACCCGUUCUGGACCGGUUCGGCUAGUAUUGCGGGCAAGUCUCUCGAUGACAAUAAGGAGUGUCAAGUCCACGUGAUUGAACAAAGCCACCCAAGUUCCUUGGAUCAAAAUCGAACAAGACUCAACACUACAACAGUAAAAAUUACUAGUGGGGAAGUGAAGCUCUGA